GGGCUGAGAUGACGACAGAAUGUAGUGAGGGGGUGGAAAGAGAGAGAGAGAGAUUCAGAGCAGUAUGCUCAGUCUGUGUUAGCAUCUCACUGUGAUGCCAAUGUGUGAAGCCUGAGGUAUUGCGUCCUGUUAAACAUACAAAGAAAAUCCAUAUCCCAAGAUGCAGUGGUGCAGGUGGGCUGGCAGUUGGAAAUCACAACUUCCAACACAGACUGCUGGGCCAGAGAUUGAAGACUCUUUUGACUUUCUUUUUAAAAUCAUCUUGGUUGGUGACUCAGAUGUUGGGAAGACCUGCGUGGUGCAAAGCUUCAAAUCUGGCAUCUUCAUCGAAAAGCAACAAAACACCAUUGGUGUUGACUUUACUGUUCGUACCCUGGACAUUGAUGGCAAGAAGGUGAAGAUGCAGGUGUGGGACACUGCGGGACAGGAGCGUUUCCGCACCAUAACUCAAAGCUACUACCGCAGUGCCCAUGGGGCGAUGGUGGCCUAUGACAUCACUCGACGCAGCACAUUCGAAUCGGUUCCACACUGGAUCAGGGAAGUGGAGCUGUACGGAGCUGCCAGUGUGGUGCUGAUACUCAUUGGUAAUAAGUCAGACCUCCAUGCUAAGAGACAGGUGCUCUUUGAGGAUGCUUGCAAUCUGGCAGAAAACAGUGGUGUGCUGGCUGCUCUGGAAACCUCAGCCAAGGAGGCCCAGAACAUAGAGGCUGCCUUCAUUCUUAUGGCUCGAGAACUAAUGGCACGCAAUGGUAUGACCAUCAUAAACGAGUCCUCUGAAAACUCUCCUCAGUUCAUGCUGAGUAACAACUCUCACCCGGUCCCUAGUGCCGUGGCUACAGAUAAAAAGUGUGGGUGCCGAGAAGGCUGA